UCUGACAGAGGAAAGAGACAGAGGAACAUACACACACAGAGACAGAGGAGAGAGACAGAGGAACAGAGAGACAGAGAGAGAGAGAGGAUCAUGGCUGAUGUCCCUCAUUCAUUUUUGGGAUUGCUUGUGACCGUUUUGUACCUGCUAACAGGUGUCAGUGGAGAAACUCUCUCUAUGUUCUCCAGAAUGGGAGAUGAUGUCAGUCUGCCGUGUAACAAUGUGGUUUAUCCAGACUGCUCCUCUACUACAUGGAUCUAUAACGUGAAUAGAGCCAUUGAACUAGUCGGUCUAGGGAAGGUGAAACAACAACUAAACGACAUAGCUGACAGACUGAGUGUGGCGUCUAACUGUUCUCUACAUGUUAGUGAUGUCAGAGCUGUGGAUGUUGGACUCUACACCUGUCAACAAUACCUUACAGAGACUGGACCAAAACAUGGAGGUGAUGCUCCUGUUCAUCUGUCUGUUCUAACUAUCUCCUCUACCACACCAGUGACAGAUCUGAAGCCUAAUGUAAAUAUGACAUUACGGUGUUCUCUGCUCACCGAUACGCAACAUGGAACGUGCUGGUCAGGAUUUAGUCUCAGCUGGGGCCCUAAAACAGGUACUAAAGCCCAGGUCACACGGGAUUCUUCCUGUGACAUCACUCUGACUGUGACACUCCAGAAGAAGGACAACAACAGGAAGUGGACGUGCACACUGACUGAAAAGGGAAACAUGAAGAUCUCCAUUGACUUCACCUCCACAUUCUCAGAUACUGCUGAAAAGACCACUGAUAGUGAUGAUGUCAUCUCUACUGUCCCAGGAAGUACAGCCUCUACUGCAAGACCAGCCUUGUCAACCACCUCCCCAUCUUCUGCUGGCUCUCAGAACCUCUUCCUUACGGUGACUGUAGGAGUGGCUUUGGCAGCAGUGGUGUGUGUCACUGCUGUUGUCAUCAUAGUACGCAGGAGGAGAGACAAGAAUCAAGUGCCAACUGAUAACAGCAUUGGUCUGAAUGCAGUAAACCACCCCACCCCACCAACCAAUGAGGACAAGAGUCAACCUGCUGACAGAAUCACCUAUGCCUCCAUUGACCACUUCAAUCAAAAUCCCCCUCAUAGAGUUAACGCCAACAGUAAAGAUGCAGUGAUGUAUGCCUCAGUUAUGCCCUCUUCUGGAAGAGGGAGAGAGACAGAGAACCCUGCUGACCCCAGCUCCCUCUACUCCACUGUCAAGUAACCUCAGGGAGACAAGACAUCAAUAUAUAUAUAUAUAUAUAUAUAUAUAUAUAAAAAUAAAUAAAGACAUCAACAUGAAGACUACACUCAUUCACACCCUGAUUCACACCCUGAUUCCAGACCUGAUUUGGUUCUAGGAACAGAGAUUUUGGUGCUAUUAAAAGGGACAAUCUGCACUAGUUACAUCAAUUUAUGGACGUAUUAAUUAAUGAUAUGCACCCAUUGACUCUAGAAAAAUAAAACGUAGAAAUGCCUCAUGAGUUUAGUUAAACUGUCAUAACCCACCAGAACCCCAAAUAUAUGCUUGUUUUACUCCAAUGUUUGUAAACAAAUGAAAUGUAAACAAACACAAUGUAUAGUCUCAAAACAUGGUUUAAACUAUAAUGUUGAUAUCAUGGAUGGCCAGUCCUUGCAUCCAUAGCUGUCUAUGAAUUUAAGAGUGGUUACAUUUCUCCUACCCCAUCCCUCAGAUUUUUAGCAAAACAGUGGAGGGGAGUGUGCUUUGUUACUGUUUCAACUGCUGAUUGCAGCUUUAAGAUGUGUAUAUUUUAUUUAUAUAGACCAGUGAGAUAAGAGACUGGAAAAGUGGAAGAGUUUGAGAAUCAAAAGGGCAUGAUUCAGAUUCACUCAUGAUGACUCUGGUAGCCCAGGCUGGAAAGUGCAUUCUGGGAAGUAUUCAGACUUGUUCUGCAUUUUGAUAAGUUACAGCCUUAUUCUAAAAUUGAUUAAAUCAUUUUUUCCCUCAUAAAUCUACACACAAAACCCCAUAAUGACAAAGAAGAAACUGUUUUAUGACAUUUUUGCAAAGUUAUAUAAACUUGGCAAAAAGAAAAAAAGCCCUCUCACUGUCAACUGCGUUUAUUUUCAGAAAACUUAACAUGUGUAAAUAUUUGUAUGAACAUAACAAGAUUCAACAACUGAGACAUAAACUGAACAAGUUCCACAGACAUGUGACUAACAGAAAUUGAAUCAUCUGUCCCUGAUCAAAGUGGGGGUCAAAAUCAAAGGUAACAGUCAGUAUCUGGUGUGGCCACCAGCUGCAUUAAGUACUGCAGCAGUGCAUCUCCUCCUCAUGGACUGCACCAGAUUUACCAGUUAUUGCUGUGAGAUGUUACCCCAAUCUUCCAGCAAGGCACUUGCAAGUUCCCGGACAUCUCUGGGGGGAAUGGCCCUAGUCUUCACCCUCCGAUCCAACAGGUCCCAGACGUGCACAAUGGAAUUGAGAUCCGAGCUCUUCGCUGGCCAUGGCAGAUUACUGACAUUCCUGUCUUUCAGGAAAUCACACACAGAACAAGCAGUAUGGCUGGUGGCAUUGUCAUGUUGGAGGGUCAUGUUAGGAUGAGCCUGCAGGAAGGGUACCACAUGAGGGAGGAUGUCUUCCCUGUAACACACAGCGCUGAGAUUGCCUGCAAUGACAACAAGCUCAGUCCAAUGAUGCUGUGACACACCGCCCCAGACCAUGACGGACCCUCCAUCUCAAAAUUGAUCCCGCUCCAGAGUACAGGCCUUGGUGUAACGCUCAUUCCUUUGACGAUAAACACGAAUCCGCCCAUCACACCUGGUGAGACAAAACGGCAACUCGUCAGAGAAGAGCACUUUUUGCCAGUCCUGUCUUGUACAGCAACGGUUUGUGCCCAUAGGCGACGUUGUUGCCGGUGAUUUCUGGUGAGGACCUGCCUUACAACAGGCCUACAAGCCCUCAGUCCAGCCUCUGUCAGCCUAUUGUGGACAGUCUGAGCAGUGAUGGAGGGAUUGUGCAUUCCUGGUGUAUCUCGGCAGUUGUUGUUGCCAUCCUGUACCUGUCCCGCAGUUGUGAUGUUCGGAUGUACCGAUCCUGUGCAGGUGUUGUUACACGUGGUCUGCCACUGCGAGAAGCUGUCCGUUCUGUCUCCCUGUAGCGCUGUCUUAGGCGUCUCAUAGUACGUACAUUGCAAAUUAUUGCCCUGGCCACAUCUGCAGUCAUUAUUCCUCCUUGCAGCUUGCCUAAUGCAUGUUCAUGCAGAUGAGCAGGGAGCCUGGGCAUCUUUCUUUUGGGUAUUUUUCAGAGUCAGUAGAAAGUUCUCUUUAGUGUCCUACAUUUUCAUAACUGUGACCUUAAUCGCCUACCGUCUGUAAGCUGUUAGUGUCGACCAUUCCACAGGUGCAUGUUCAUUAAUUGUUUAUGUUUCAUUGAAAAAGCAUGGGAAACAGUGUUUAAUCCCUUUACAAUGAUCUGUGAAGUUACUUGGAUUUUUACAAAUUAUCUUUGAAAGACAGGUUCCUGAUAAAAGGGACAUUUCAUUUUUUUGCUUAGUUCCUAAAAAAAGUAUGGAAAUAUCACAUUUACAAAAGCACCUUUGUCAGCAAUUACAACCUAUAGUCUUCUUGGGUAUGGCACUGCAAGCUUGGCACACCCAUUUCUCCCAUUCUGCUCUGCAGAUCCUCUCAAGCUCUGUCAAGUUGGAUGGGGAGCGUCGCUUCAAUGCUAUUUUCAGGUUUCUCCAGAGAUGUUCGAUCGGGUUCAAGUCUGGGCUCUGGCUGGGUCACUCAAGGACAUUCAGAGACUCAUCCCGAAGUCACUCCUGCGUUGUCUUGGAUGUGUUCUUAAAGUCGUCGUCCUAAUGGAAGGUGAACCUUUGCUCCAGUCUGAGGUCCUGAGCAGGUUUUCCAUCAAGGAUCUCUCUGUACUUUCCUCCAUUCAUCUUUCCUCGAUCCUGACUAGUCUCUCAGUCCCUGCGCUGACUAACAUCCCCACAGCAUGCUGCUGACACCACCGUGCGUUACCGUAGGGAUUGUGCCAGGUUUCCUCCAGACGUGACACUUGGCAUUCAGGCCCAAUAGUUCAAACUUGGUUUCAUCAGACAAGAGAAUCUUGUUUCUCAUUUUCAGAGUCCUUUAGGUGCCUUUUGGCAAACUCUAAGCAGGCUGUCAUGUGCCUUUUACUGAGGAGUGGCUUCCAUCUUGCCACUCUACCAUAAAGGCCUGAUUGGUGGAGUACUGCAGAUAUGAUUGUCCUUCUGGAAGGUUCUCUAAUUUCCACAGAUGAUCUCUGGAACUCAGUCAGAGUAACUAUCUGGUUCUUGGUCAUGUCCCUGACCAAGGCCCUCCUCCCUCGAUUGCUCAGUUUGGCCGGGUCAGCCAGCGCUAGGAAGAGUCUUGGUGGUUUCAAACUUUUCCCAUUUAAGAAUGAUGGUGGCCACUGUUCUUGGGGACCUUCAAUGCUGCAGACAUUUUUUGGUACCCUUCCCCAGAUCUGGGCCUCGACACAAUCCUGUCUCGGAGCUCUACGGACAAUUCCUUCAACCUCAUGGCUUGGUUUUUGCUCUGACCUUACAUAGACAGAUGUGUGCCUUUCCAAAUCUUGUCCAAUCAAUUGAAUUUACCACAGGUGGACUCCAAUCAAGUUGUAGAAACAUCUCAAGGAUGACAAUGGAAACAGGAUGCACCUGCUAAAUUUCAAGUCUCAUAGCAAAGGGUCUGAAUACUUACGUGAAUAAGGUAUUUCUUACAUUUUUUAAUAAAUGUGCAACACAAUCUAAAUAUAAAUGUAAUAAAUGUAAAUGUAAAUACCUGUUUUUACUUUGUCAUUGUGGGGUAUUGUCUGUAGAUUGAUGAGGAAAAUGUUUUAUUGAAUCCAUUUUAGAAUAAGCCUGUAAAGUCACAAAACAAGAAAAUUGAAUGGGUCUGAAUACUUUCACUGUAUACAAGUGAACCACUGGAUCACACAGGCCACUAAAAUAUGUUUUUAAAUACUAGAUGGAAGAGGUAGAACACUAGUGUUAAGUUUUCUUUUAGGAUGAUAGUAGCAUCUUUGCCAAACAUUUAGCUUUGCAGAUAAACUCAUGGCAUUUUUUUUCCUGCAUUUCUCUUGUUUCAAAUUAUAUUGACUAAAGUGAUAUACUUAAUAAAAUGGAAAUCAAUCUUUACUGAAUGUUUCAUUUUGAUUCUCUCCAGAAUUUCACAGAGUUCAAAAACAUUGUAUUGCCUAUUGGGGUUUUAUUCAGUAAUUUACUCCAUUCUUCAGUAGGAGGCAGUAUAAUUCUCAA